CACAUUCCAUACGCAUAAACUUUCCAAUAAAUAGAGAGAUCGAUACAUAGAAGCAUUCACAUUUCACAAUCUUCUUCUUUCCCAAAUGCUUUUAGUCUCCCCCAACUUAGGAUGAAGGUUUGAGAGAAUGGUAUGGCCAUUGCAGCUUUAGGAUUCUUUAAAUUUCCCCACCUUUUUUCAACAUUCUUUCUUCUUGUAUUUUAAUUCCACUUUCGUUUUUAUUUUACUAUUUUUUUCCCCUUGGAAAUGAAACCAUUCCAAUAACAUUUCCGGAGUCCAGAUAGAGUUACAGAAGGUAUAGAAAGAAACGAAUAGGGAAGAAAAAGAAGAGAAGCAAGAGAUUGAUCUGAUAAAGGUAAUCUUUCUUUCUUAGCAAAAAGGAUACACAGCCAUGCACACAACUGUUGGACCAUGGAUAAAGGUCUACAAUGCGCCCUUUUCAUCCCGCCUGAUGAAUUGGACAAAUUUUUUUAAGACUUGCAAGGAAUUCUCGGCAUGGGGCUUCUGAAUCUCUUCAUCGUUGCAUCAAAUCCAGUGUUGAAAGUCCUAUUGGUUACGGCUCUUGGGUCCUUUCUCGCACUGGAUAGCAUUGGUAUUUUAGGAGAUGAUGCAAGGAAGAAUUUGAAUAGAGUUGUGUUCUUUGUAUUUAAUCCAGCACUUGUGUCCUCCAACCUUGCUAAAACAAUAACAUAUGAAAGCAUGCGUAAAUUGUGGUUCAUGCCUAUAAAUAUUUUAUUUACAUUUCUCAUUGGUUCAGCACUUGGAUGGAUACUUAUACAAAUCACAAGGCCUCCUUCACAUCUAAGGGGCCUUAUCUUGGGUUGCUGUGCUGCUGGAAAUUUGGGGAAUCUUCUUAUCAUCAUUGUCCCAGCAAUCUGUAAAGAGAAAGGCAGCCCAUUUGGAGACUCUGAUGUCUGCAGUACAUAUGGACUGGCUUAUGCUUCACUUUCUAUGGCGAUUGGAGCCCUUUUUUUGUGGUCGUAUGUGUACAAUGUUGUGCGGAUAUCUUCAAGUAAUUGCACUGAAGCAAUUGAUGAAUCCACAAGUAACUCUUCAGAAGAACCUUCGGCAGUACUGAAUGGGAGUUGCAAAGAGCCACUACUUUCAAAUGAUUUAUCAAUCUUGGAGAACCAAGGAGACCAUUUUGCACUUCCAUGCUCUUCAUCGCUGAAGUUUGCUUCCACAUUGACUCAAGGAGAAUCUUGCCAGUUUCCAAUUUCAGUUAAGUUUAAACAAUAUUUAAAGACGAUUUUAGGAAAGAUCAACUUGAAGACAUUGUUCGCACCUUCAACCACUGGAGCGAUUGUUGGGUUUUUUGUUGGAGUAAUCUCUCCAAUUCGAUGGCUAAUGAUUGGUGAUAGUGCUCCUCUUCGCGUCGUUGAAGAUUCUGCUUAUUUGAUUGGUGAAGGAGCCAUCCCAGCUACAACCUUGAUAAUGGGAGCAAACCUUCUUAGAGGUUUACGAGGGUCGGAUAUUCGUGUGUCCCUUGUCGUUGGGAUUAUAGCAGUUCGUUAUAUUGCACUCCCACUGUUUGGCAUUCUCAUUGUUAAAGGGGCGCUGCAUUUUGGCCUGGUGCAAUCAGAUCCAUUGUAUACAUUUGUUCUUCUUCUUCAAUUUGCGCUUCCGCCUGCAAUGAACAUAGGAACAAUUACCCAAUUGUUUGGUGCUGGUGAGAGAGAAUGUUCUGUUAUUCUGCUAUGGACAUAUGGAAUAGCUUCAAUUGCCCUUACCCUUUGGUCAACCUUCUUUAUGUGGCUCGUAGCUUGAUUUUGGUUCUUUCAGUGUCAAGUUGUUUCUACCCCCAAUGCACAUCGUUUCUACUACCAAUGUUUUCCUUCUCUUUA